AUGUCCUCGUCGCUAGCCCGCACCCGCUCCCUGCGAAAGCCAACGCAGGGCUCCUCGACCGAUCUUCCCCCUACGACCGCAACCUCCGUAUCCUCCUCGGCUUCAAUCACGGCAGCUAGAGGCCCCGCGAGCUCGACCACAGGAGGAGCAGCAGCAGCGCCAUCAGCGUCGGCGUCCACAUCCCACCGCCCCGUAUCCCCGAGUAGACUCCCCGCGCCCCGGUCCCUCGCCGCAACACGUCCCACAACACGCACCGUCUCCGGCGUCAGCGUCGCGAGCAGUACAGCGGCGGCGGCCACAACCGCCUCCGAGGCGCCCAAGAAGAAGAGGCCGAACCCCUUAUCGUCGCUGCUGAGCAGAAGCUCUUCGACGCGCCAACCAGCGUCCGUGACAACGUCGAUUUCGACGAGACAGAGAGAUGUGGUAGCAGGUGCUGGAGCAGGAGGAGGACUAGCUAGCUCGGGACCAAUAAGCGCGCCUUUAAGCAGGACAAGCGCGCUCUCGGGCCUUACGAGGACGACUUCGACGAGGGAACCGGGGCUGACACGGACGCGAUAUCCCGCAAACGCCUCGACGAGCAACCUCAGCCUCGUCUCGUCAUCCAAUGGUGCUGCAGGUAGAACCGGCGCUGGUUCCGGACCGUCGACGCCUACGACAGCGAGACCGACGACCUCGGGCGGUCUACCAUCCUCGAGACGCGCCGGUGCACCAACGACGACUUCGACAGGAGCAGCAGCAACAGCGGUAGGAGCUGGGAGUCCAACAAAGGGCCACGCGCGCGCAAGGAGCGUCGCGACCCUGAACAACAGCACCGUCCUCCGACCCCCAAGCCAGACGUCGUCUACCGGGGCCACUGGCGCCGCACCGAGAUCACGCCCGACGUCCCUAUACGGCGCACCUCCGACGUCUUCCUACCCAUCCUCAACAGCAUCCACGACCACGAGACCCCGUCCCCCCUCAGCAACAGACCGCCUCUCCUCGAAACCAUCCGUAUCCUCCCUCUCCUCCGCAACAACCACAACAUCAACGCGCACAGCCCGAGCAGGCAGCACAACAACAGCACCAACCCGCCAACCCCUAAAACAACCUCAAAAACCGCCACCAUCCCACCAAGCAGCAACAACAGCACCACCACACCUCGCCCGCCAACAAGCCCAACAACGACACCCCUCCCCAACCUCACCACCCAGAACCACAAAACCAGUCCUCCGCCCAGCCUUCUCGACCUUGCAACAGCACUACUCCCCCGCCAAAUCCCUCGCCCCGAAACCCCUGACGGCAACCUACCUCGCCGCCCCGUCCCCGUCAAAGCUCCCCGCCAACGUCGCCCUCACGGCAGAGACCUCCCGCCUCCAAACAGAGCUCCUCCAGCUCCACCUCCUCCACCGCGACCUGCCGCAGGUCACGUCCCAAUGGCACGCCAGCGCCCGCUCCAAACUCGCCGCGCGCCACGCCGACCUCGCGGCCUCGGCAAGAAGCCUCGCAGCCCUCGAAUCCGACGCCGCGGAGCGCCGUAACCUCGCAGCCCUAAGUAGCUGGGGAGCAUCCACCGGCAAAAGCGGCAAGGCAGCAACAUCAUCCCUGCCGCUGGAAGACCGCGUCCAGCGCCUAGACGCCCUCCUCACAUCCCUCUGGUCCCUCGACGACCCAGGCGGAAAACACCACCGCCUCGUCCGCGCCUUCGAGCGCUGGGCCUCUUCCCUCGCCGACCUCGAAGCCGCCCGCGCCCGCGCAGAAGACGGCGCCGACCCCUCCGCCCUCCUAGACGACAACGCGGACGUCCGUUUCGGCGGCGGCCUCGACGCGCGGUGGAAAGACGACGCCGCGGCGUUGGUAAGGCGUCUCGAGGGGUGGGAUGCGCAGCUCAGGGAGCUAGAGUAUCGCGGUGAUGAUGACGAGGACGCGGCCUAUAGUACUACUACGACACAAGCGUCGAGCUUGAAGCGCAUGUUGGACGGAUGCAGCAGUCUCGUCAGGGACAUGCUCGACGAGCUGGCCGUCAUGGAAGACAUUGAGGCAGCGGCGGUGCAGAGGGAGAACGAGUGGAUUAAGAAGAUGAACAGAGAGGGAGACGACGGCCGCGGCAGAGAUACCCAGAGAGCCGGUGCCAUUUGGAGAGUGAUUUAA